CCGGCCGUGAGCGCCAACGUCCGCCGCGUGGUACGAAUUUGGCGCCUUGUCUUCUGAUUGGUCCGUCGCCGCCGCCAAUAGGUGGGAGGUGAGCGCCAAGCCAGCCAGUCAGCAAAGAGGUUCAGGCGGCAGAGCUCCAAUAGCGAGGCGCUGUGGCGCCGUCCAAUCAGCGCGGCCCUGCCUUGAGGGAGGUUAUAAAGCGCCGGGGCGGAGGCGCGUUCCCCUUGUCCCGCCGCAGAGCUCCGCAGAUCCGCGUUGUGUGUCCGGUCCCUGCGAGGCGCCAUGUCUGGCCGCGGUAAGAGUGGCGGUAAGGCCCGAGCGAAGGCCAAGUCCCGUUCCUCCCGGGCCGGGCUGCAGUUCCCCGUCGGGCGCGUCCACCGGCUGCUGCGGCGCGGCCAUUACGCGGAGCGGGUCGGCGCCGGCGCCCCGGUGUACCUGGCGGCCGUGCUGGAGUACCUGACGGCCGAGAUCCUGGAGCUGGCGGGCAACGCGGCCCGCGACAACAAGAAGACGCGCAUCAUCCCGCGCCACCUGCAGCUGGCGGUGCGCAACGACGAGGAGCUCAACAAGCUGCUGGGCGGCGUCACCAUCGCGCAGGGCGGCGUCCUGCCCAACAUCCAGGCCGUGCUGCUGCCCAAGAAGGCGGGAGGCGCCGCCAGCCCGGCCAAGGCCGGCAAGAAGGGCGGCGGGCAGCAGUCGCAGGAAUACUAGGCCGCCGGGCCGGGCUCCCCUUCCCCCACCAGCACACAAAGGCCCUUUUCAGGGCCGCUCCAUUGCUCACCGGGAGAGCUGCGAUCCGAGGGAAGGGACGGCCGGGGGCUGCGGGAACGAGGGGGAGCUGCGAUGGGAGCGGGCGGGAGGCACGGCGUGAUACUGCAGUGCAGUCACAUAAUGCAGAUACGUGAUGCUCUUCCUAAAGACACCUGGUGCUCACAACGUGACUGCUGCAUUCAGCAGACAUUGCACAGGAAAUAAACGAUGCUUCAGCUCCAAAACCGGAACCCAA